AUGAUCAACGAGAUAGUCUUGCGAAAACUGAUAUCUGAAACCACACUUCAUAUCAUGGAACCUCAGCCAGUAUCCACCGAGGAUGGCUCGCAAGCCAGCCAAAUGCGCCAGCCAAAGAAGAGAUUCGUUGGCCGACGAACAGCAGACGCCCAAGCCCAGAAGGACUCAACUGGACAGAAAGAUGUAGAGUCUACAGCAGUUCAAACAGCCGCACCCCGACGCAAUCCUCGCACUCUCAACCAAGUCCCACCAGAGAUCCUGAACGAUCCCGAAAUCAAAGAAGCCAUUGAGCUCCUCCCCAGCAACUACUCAUUCGAGAUCCCCAAGACCAUCCACCGAGUCCGAACAUCAGGAGCCAAGCGUGUCGCCCUCCAAUUCCCAGAGGGUCUCCUCAUCUUCGCCACUACCAUCUCAGACAUCCUCACCCAAUUCUGCCCGGGCAUCGAAACCCUAAUCAUGGGCGACGUCACCUACGGAGCCUGCUGCAUCGACGACUACACAGCACGCGCGCUAGGCUGCGACCUCCUUGUCCAUUACGCCCACAGUUGUCUGAUUCCCGUUGAUGUAACGAAGAUCAAAACACUAUAUAUCUUCGUGGACAUUAGCAUCGACACCACACACCUUCUCGCAACACUAGAGCGAAACUUCAAACCAGGCCAAUCGAUCGCAACAGUCGGCACAAUCCAAUUCAACGCCACCCUGCACGGCCUAAAACCCGUUCUCGAACGUGCAGGCUUCCGCGUCAUAAUCCCCCAGAUCACCCCGCUCUCCAAGGGCGAGAUCCUAGGCUGUACUUCACCUCAGCUCUCAGAUACCGAAAUUGACGCUAUCCUCUACCUCGGCGAUGGUCGUUUCCACCUCGAGUCCGCCAUGAUUCAUAAUCCUUCUAUUCCAGCUUAUCGAUACGAUCCGUACUCACGUACGCUCACACGCGAGAGCUACGAGCACGAGGAAAUGCACACGAUUCGCCGAGACGCCAUUGCAACUGCCAAGUCGGCACGAAAGUGGGGUAUCAUUCUUGGGUCGCUGGGCCGACAGGGUAAUCCGCAUACAAUGGCGAUGAUUGAGAAACAUCUUCGUGAGCGUGGUAUCCCGGUCGUCAAUCUGCUUCUUAGUGAGAUUUUCCCGGGUAAGCUUGCUUCCAUGGCGGAUGUGGAAUGCUGGGUGCAGAUUGCCUGCCCGCGACUGAGUAUCGACUGGGGAUAUGCGUUUGCUCGGCCUUUGCUGACGCCGUAUGAGGCGCUGGUUGCGCUGGGUGUGAAGGAGAGUUGGGAUACGGGGAACAAGGGCGUUUAUCCCAUGGACUUCUAUGCGAAGGAGGGUCUUGGUCGGACGAAGCCACAGAUUGCGUAG